AUGGACGCUGCUGGGGGUAUGGUCGGAGCAGGUGGCCCCGUUGCCACUCCCCCUGCGGCCGACACAGGGGCUGAAGAUACCGGAGAGGACAGCAUCAGGAAUGCCUCGGCGGUCAGGCUCCAUGAGCUGCGGGCGAGAGGGUCACUCCGUCUGCACCCUCCCCUCACCGAAGAGCACAACCACAACAACGGUGCUCGGUACGGGGAGAACCAUGGCCCUCCGGCCGCCCCUGCCACGGAUGAGGUGACCAGGCUGCUGCGCUCGAUGGGGCCGCUGACCCUCGAGCACCACCGCCGCGUGACCCCGCUGCCCAGGUGGUCGUCCCAUGGCUACGUGGACACGACACCCCCGUUGUCGCCGCCGCUGGCACCUCACAAGCACCGCGGUGGCUGCGGACGCGACGACGACGACCGUCGGACCGGUGCGAAGCUGAACGAGGGACGGCCUGAGAACGGCAGCGGCUUGCGGCGGAGAGCCUUGGAUUUGAGGCUGGCGCACCUCAUCGAGACGCGGCGGCAAAAAUCGAUCAGGGAUCGAAUCAGCGACAUGGAUCCCGCCUUCAAGGAAUAUUUCGACAAGUUGACCUCCUCGUUGGACGGAAUCCACGCGGAUAUCCAGGAAGAGCAGGCGCUCGUGCCCAAGGCUGCUCUGACAAUCGUUCCCCUGCGCGACCCGACGGACGACAACAAGGGUCCGGAGGGCGGCGUCGCAUCAGGGCCGAUCGGCCACGACAUCGACAUCCUACCGCGGGGUCUGGCACCGGCGUUCGCGUCGGUGUCCACCCCGGCCAACGGUCAGUUCGCUCCCAUGUCCCCCGCACCUUUGCCCUCUCCUUAUGCACAUGCAAGCCAGUUGCUCGCGGGGAUCGGCCAGACGCACCCAUCCAUUGCGUUUCCCCAAUUUUCUGGCGAGAACCCACGCCUCUGGAAGACGUUGUGCGAGCAGUACUUUCACAUGUUCGCGAUUCAGGAUAAUUUCUGGGUUCCCAUGGCCACGCUCAACUUCUCGGGCACGGCUGCAGUGUGGCUGCAGUUGAUUCAGAAGAAACUCUCUGAAUUCGACUGGAAAUCAUUCUCUACCUUGUUGUGCACUCGUUUUGGCCGAGAUCGCCAUCAACUCCUCAUCCGCCAAUUUUACACGCUUGCACAAACAACCACUGUGGCAGACUACAUCGAACGAUUUGAGCAAAUUAUCAAUCAUUUGUCUGCUUACUCUGAUUCAAUUCAUCCUUAUUAUUACCUCACUCGUUUUGUGGAGGGACUUCGGGCGGACAUACGGGCGAUUGUGCUGGUGCAACGACCGCCUGAUCUGGACAAGGCGUGUGCACUAGCACUACUGCGAGAGGAAGUGGCGGACGGCGGCACCUGGGAGCGGUCUCGUCAACCCACCACGGCUCGGGCGGCGGACCUGGCGACGCCGGCGCACGCGGGUGUGCCCAUGCCGCUCCCGCCCCCUCCUCCACAGGGGCGGCCUCCUACGACAUCGGCCGCGCCCGAGCGCCGGACCAACGACACCAACCACGGUGACAACUCCAAGAUCAAGGCAUUGCGCGAGUACCGGCGAGCAUGUGGCCUUUGCUUCAAGUGUGGCCAGCGCUGGGGGCAGGACCACACUUGCCCCACGAGCGUGCAGCUUCAUGUCGUCGAAGAGCUGCCGGAGCUCUUCGGCAUGGAGGGGAGCGAGGAGCUUCCAAGCGGCCCAACCAAAAUGGUGAUGGCAAUUUCGCGGCAAGCUCUCACGUGUGGCACUCCUCCAAAAGCCGUUAAACUCCAAGCAUGGCUCCAAGGCCGCGCUAUUCUCCUCUUGGUGGAUUCCGGCAGUUCAACCUCCUUCAUCGACGCGCAAUUGGCAGCCUCGCUGUCCGGAGUUGUACAUCUCAACCGUCCUUGUCGAGUCAAGGUGGCUGAUGGGGGGGAGCUCUGCUGUGUGUCUCACAUACCCAAGUGCCGCUGGUCCAUUCAGGAGCAGGAGUUCAGCACAGACAUGAAAAUCCUUCCGUUGGGGGUUUAUGAUGCCAUUUUGGGCAUGGACUGGCUCGAAGAGCACAGCCCCAUGAAUGUGGAUUGGCGCGGCAAGCAGCUCUGGAUCACCACUCCGACAGGGACAGUGCACCUUCAGGGCCAGAUUGAGGGGGUUACGAGCUGCACGGAGAUCAAUAGUCUGCAAUUGCAAUGCAUGCAACAUCAGGGAGAAGUGGCACAGGUCGAGCAGCUGUACCAGGUCUGCGAGUCGGAUGAGAUCUUCACCCCAACCCCAGGCAACAUCCAGCCGGUGAUUGAUCAAUUCAAGGACAUCUUUGAGGAACCCAAAGGUUUACCGCCAAGGCGCGCGUGUGAUCACCGCAUCCCACUCAUGCCAGGAGCGCAACCGGUGAAUCUGAGGCCUUACCGUUACAAACCAAAGCACAAGUCAGAGAUUGAGAAGAAAGUUAAAGAGCUGUUGGAUCAAGGAGUCAUUCAGAAGAGUCACAACCCCUUCUCGUCACCGGCGAUUCUGGUCAAGAAGAAAGAUGGAACAUGGCGGCUUUGCAUCGAUUACCGCCUCUUGAACGCUAUGACAGUGGUGGGCAAGUACCCGGUGCCGGUGAUCGAGGAGCUAUUGGACAAGUUGCAUGGUGCUCGAUGGUUCUCAAAACUGGAUUUACGUGCAGGCUACCACCAAAUUUGCCUGGCAGAGGGGGAGGAGUACAAGACGGCCUUUCAAACCCAUACAGGUCAUUUCGAGUUCUUGGUGGUCUCGUUCGGGUUGGCUGGAGCUCCGGGCACCUUCAAUGGGGGUAUGCCAGAAACCUUACACCCUCUUAUCAGAGAGUGUGUGCUGGCGUUCUUCGACAACAUCCUUGUCUUUAGCAAAACCCUACAAGAUCAUGUUCAGCAUCUGCAGCAGGUGUUCAAUCUGCUCCGGCGUGACCAAUGGAAGGUGAAGAUGAGCAAAUGUGCCUUUGGUCAGCACCGCAUAUCGUACCUGGGGCACGUCAUCAGCGCAGAGGGGGUUGCCACACAUCCUACCAAGAUUCAGGCCGUUCGCGGCUGGCCAACGCCAGCAAAUGUCAAGGAAAAAGGCUCUCCGUUCGUCUGGACGGAUAACACCGAGCAGAGCUUUCAGGUGCUCAAGCAGGGUUUAAUCUCGGCUCCGGUGCUCGCACUACCUAAUUUCCAGAAGCCAUUCACAAUCGAGACGGAUGCUUGUGACGUGGGCAUCGGGGCAAUCUUACAGCAAGAGGGGCAUCCAAUUGCUUUCAUGAGCAAAUCGCUUUGUCAGAAAUACCGCGGACUGUCCACAUAUGAGAAGGAGUACCUCGCAAUCAUCCCGGCAGUCGAUCAAUGGCGCCCUUACUUGCAGUCAGCAGAAUUUGUGAUCAAGACUGAUCAAUGCAGCUUGGUGCACUUACAAGAGCAACGGCUAGUCACCCCACGGCAGCAGCGAGCCUUUACUAAACUCCUCGGGUUGCAGUACCGCAUCGUCUAG